UUUUGUUUCAGAUUAAGCUGCAGAACAACAUAUCGUAUCAAAUGGCAGAUAUCCAUCGUUUAAAGGAACAACUGGCAGAAUUACGACAAGAAUUCAUUCGUCAGGAAGAUCAGCUUCAUGAAUACAAGAAGAACAAUACUUAUCUUACGAGGAGAUUGGAAUAUGAUAGUCUGCAGUGUAGCCAGCAGAUCAAGGAAAUGAGACUGCAACAUGAAGAAAAUAUGAAGAAAUUAGUGGACCAAGUUAUACGGGAGCAAAAGGCCACACAGAAAAUUCAGCCCAGUAAAGGCACUGAAGUCAGUCCUAAUGAUGAAGACCAAGCAGUAUCUAAGACUGUUCCAGAGACAGAAGCUAAAAGCACAGUAAAGAAUGAGGAGCCUUCAGAUCACGCUGCAGAUGGCAAAGAGAAAAUCAAGCUAGGAGGAGAUGCAGGCAUGCCUGAAAUAGAAGACAAUGACCCUGCUAAAGCUGAAGAUACACCCACUGCUAUAAAGAAGCCACUUAUUUCAGCUUCUCAAAGUGAAGGUCGUCAGCCUGUUGUGAAUCUGCCAACUGAACAGCCCCAGGCUCCAGAUCUGGCUCCAGGUUUGCAGCCUGACAGUGAUGGAAAUGCUGAUACUGUAAAGCAGAUACCUCCAAAUUCUCUUCAGCACUUAACUUUUGAAGAAAAUACAGAAAAUCAGAAAGAACACAAAAUUAAAACAGACUAUAUAAAACUUCCAAAGAGCAGAGUCAGCGACUUGCAGAAGAUGAAGCAAAGCCGGUUCUUUGAUGAGAAUGAAUCCCCUGUUGAUCCGCAGCAGGGCUCUAAGCUGGCAGAUUAUAAUGGGGAUGAUGGUAACGUGGGUGAGUAUGAGGCAGACAAGCAGGCUGAGCUGGCUUACAAUGAGGAAGAGGAUGGUGAUGGUGGAGAAGAAGACGUCCAAGGUGAGCUUGGGUCUUAUCUCCAUCCCAUUGAAAUGAAAUCCAUGGAGUUUUAUUUGUUGCAUUUGUGUGAAGCCUUUGCUAUUUAUACCUAA